AUGAAGAAGAUGAAGGAGUAACAGGAGUAACAGGAGAUAAAAUAUCUGAAGAUGUGGAAUUGUCCUUUUCAAAAAUGGUAAGAGAUGUAGAGAUAGAAUUUUCACAAGAUGAAAGAGUUGGAAUCAAAUUUGUACGAGAAGUUUCUAAAGUUGGUUUUACAGCGGCCUAG